GUGUUCAAAUGUACACAGUGUGUGCAGGUCGGUGUGUUUGUUCAAGCAGAAAUCUGCAGGGAGGUGACCGGAGAUCCCCUAGAUGGAUCCUUUGGAUAGCUCCUCGAUUGUCAUCUAAAGUAGCUAGCUGUCGACCAUUCUGACUGUGAGCCUCCAUCAUGCUUUCUACAUAAUGUACGUUUGUAAUUUGUAUAUUCUUGAAGUAACACGCACGGUGAUGUUCAUAUCGUCUUGGAUAACCAGGAUGUUAUUAUGAUGAGUGUACUCCGUCCAUCUGCUGCUUUGGUAGUCUUUUAUCUACUAUGUUCUCAUCUGCGUAAUGGAAGUGUGUCACUGUUUGGCAAUAACAUCCUCACACCCAGCCAGGCUAGGAAGGAUAAUCUGUGAACUCCCCUCGGUAAAACCUGAGCUUCUGUCGAUCGAAUCCUAACUCAACCCUUGACAGAAGUCGGCGUAAUUUUUCCAGGUGUGAUUUUUUCUGUUCCACAUGCCCUCCCGUUAACUGCAGCUGAAUUAUGGGUGGUCUUAGAUCGACAAGUUUGUCUGGAUCAAAAGAUGGGAGUCCGAUCCAGUCAAUUCUUCCGUACAUCUUGAUUAUGUUACAUAUGUCCAUGUAUGUUGUUGUCGGCGUGUCCAUUAGCACUGGAGAUGGUUUUAACUUGACAGCAGUCGAGAAAGUUUAUCUCGUCAAUUCCACGAUACGGAUCAACUGCAGUUUGAAUGACUCCAAUCAGAGCGACAACGCCACUGGCAUCACGUGGACCGUUGACGGUGAGGUAUUAAAUGCGACGACGCCCCAGCUUGUAAUCGAGAAAGCCCAGUUUGAGGACAGUGGAUUUUACGAAUGCAAAGUGGAUGGGCACACCCAGAAGGAAACUACCAGAUGGGAUGUCAAAGUCGGGUUACUUCCUACGAAGGCCACAAACAUCAGUUGUUAUAGCUUGGACACUAUAUCCGUGAACUGUUCGUGGACAAAUGGACGGCCAACAAAUAUUGAGACUACACACGUAUUGCACUUUUAUUCAAGUGGCAUGAUAGAUGGAAAAACUUGCCAAAGGAAUCAGGAAUGUAACGUGAAAGAUCUGGAUGUUAACUUUGAUGUCGCAGUCAUCUCUUCAAAUGCCCUGGCUGUUGAUGGAGUCAAAUCUAAAACAACAAAUAUUAAUGUAUUUGAUAUUCUUACUCUAACUCCAGUACGCUCUCCAAAAGUAACAAAUGCAACAAGUACAUCACUCCAGGUGUCAUGGCGUCCUUCUCAGGAAUAUUCAGAAUAUCGGGCUUUGGCACAAUUAAAACUGGAAUAUUUGGUGACGUAUCAAUUGGAGAAUACGCAAAAGAGAAAAAAUACCACGGGGUUUCAGGGGUGUCGGGAUUCUGAGUUGCAAUGCUCUAUCCAUGGCCUUAAACACAAUAGUGUGUACACUAUCAACAUAACAGUGGUGUUGGAUGAUUAUAAUAUGGAAAGUAAAACAGUCAGCCUUCAAGGAACGACAAAUGAAAUAGCUCCAGAAGCUGGAGUGACUUUGAAACUUCUCUGCCCAAGGAUCAAGGGAGCCAAUCAAACUCACCUCAGUUGGAUGCCAUUUCCCGAGGACAAGAGAAAUGGGAAGAUUCUUAGCUACGACAUAACUAAAAGUGACAACUCAACUGUCAUAUCAAAGGAUCCGAACGUCACAGAACACCUGCUGCAAGGUGUUGACCUGUAUAGUGACUACAACAUAAGCAUAGUGGCCCGUAAUUCUGCUGGAACAUCAGAUGCUGACGAGUGCUACAUUCCUGCCUUACCUCGUGCUGAUCCAUUUGCAGUCGUCUCCAAAGUACUCAUUAUCGUGGGAGCAGCUCUCAUCAUAAUCAUUUUUAUUCUCGCAUUUAAGUUCUAUAUUUGUUUCAAGAAGUCCAAGAUUACAGAAAUCAAACUGCCACAUCACAUCCAGCAUGAUAAUUUUAACCUCUUUAAUGGAGGUCCACAACGCCAAGCACCUUGUGAGCAAGAAAGAUACGAUGAACUUAUCACGCAAAGUUUAGUUGAGAAAGGCUCUACAUUGUGCAACAGCACCAUUCCUAAUGGGAAGAAGGAUCCAUGUACUGAACCCAUUAUGGCUGAAUCGGUCAAAACAGACUUAUCUACGGCGUAGCGUCAAACAAAUACAUGUGCAAACCAAUUCAGGGGACCAUUGCGGCGAUCGUAUGUGGAGAACUUGAUAAUAGUACUAAUGUGGCUGAAAGUGGUUCUACAGUGGUUGGCGAGGAACCUCAUAAGCUCUUUUUAGAUGAAUGACGGCAGUAGGGUGAACACCAGGGUAUUGUGGCUAUUGAUUGAUCUUGGAGUCCAGAAAAUAGUCUCCCAUCUUUAAAGGAUAUCGCUACUGACAAAAAAAAGUCAUGUGACAAAAUGAGAGCGUCUCUUUGGACAUUGAUGUAAUGAGUUGCUGUUGUGUUUUCGUCAUCAAGCGUCAAACACUGCGAGUUGGUGAGGUUGGUGCGGGCAGGCCUUUUGCCUGAUUCUUCUUGUUAGCUUUUGAUGUGAAGCAAAGAAGAAGAGGACGUACAAUAUUAUACCCGCACCUGGGACUAAAGUCUGGCACUGAUGAAUCCAAAAUCGGACUCCAUCUACCUUGUGCCAUUCGCAGCUUUCGAAUCAAUUCGGUGGAGGUUUGAUAAGACGGGCCUCAUAGUUUCACAAUUUCUAGGCCAAGGCCUCUUUGGUCUUGGAGCAGUCUGCGUUUUGGAGGGCACCAAGGCAAGUAGAAAGGGCGCCGAUUGGACUGGCUGUUCGAAAAAUCUGCUAAUGAUUAACAAUAGAUUAUUAAAAACAAAAACAUGAUUAUUGUCAGGAUCUUCACGUCCAUCAGCCGUGUACAAAGAAUUUUGCUAUGUAUUUUGUGCAUUAUCCGUGGCAAAUGUGAAAGUUUUUGUAUUUUUUUUCAUUUUAAAGCAGCAUUAUCUGGCAGUAUUAUUUCAGAGAAAAAAAGGUGGAAAACAGUUCUUUUGGUGAAAGUUGGGGCAUGUACCUUGGAUGAAGUAGGACGCAAAUUGUAAAUAGUCUUGUGUAAAUAGUCAACAGAUUUAUUAAGUUCUUUACUUGUUUGUAUAUAUUUUGUAGCCAACUACAGCUACAGAUAGUAUGGAGUCCUGUGGUACAAUUAAUAAAAAUGAUAACAUAAGAUUUUCUAUAGUGCUUUUUACACCUAAAGGGCAUCCCAAAGUGCUUCACAUUUAUUACCCCUGGUCACUGGGCCUUAAAUUAUUCCUUAAACCAUCUCAACUCCCUGGUGGGGGAGUAUGCAGCCUGU